AAUUGUUGAUUAAUGGGGAUUAAAAAUUUGGUUAUUCUGUGAUGCGAGAGGCGUAGCGAUUGAUUGAUUGAUUGAAAGUAGUGGAAGAAAAGGCGCAUCGAUGCGGGUGAGGGAGAUGCACCCGCUUUGCUGCAUAACGCUCGAGAGUUCCGGGAUCGGAGAUGGGUCGCCGGAGCCGACGCUAUUGAGAACUGGGUCGGCGGUGAAUUUCUCCGGCGGUGGAUCUGAAGUCAAUGCGGGAGGAUCUGACGUCAGCACCAGCGGUGGUGGUAGUAGCAGCAGCAGCAGCGUGGCCGGGAUCCUUUACAAGUGGACUAACUUCGGCAAGGGUUGGCGAUCUCGGUGGUUCACAUUGAGAAGCAACGGCGUCCUCUCGUACUCGAAGAGCCGCCGUCCCCCCGACGCCCAGCCACCGCCGGGGAGCGACGUGGUCCUGAUCGGGUCAACCUCAGCCAACCGCCGCAGCAGCGGCAGGAAACACACCAAAACUGUCGGCAUUGUCCAUUUAAAGAUCUCAUCGUUCCGGGAGAGCAAGUCAGAUGAGAGGAGAUUCUACAUAUUUACAGCGACAAAGACACUUCAUUUGAGGACAAAUUCGAGGAAAGAAAGAGUGGCUUGGAUAGAGGCUUUGGUAUCAACUAGAAUCCACAACAACACACCUAUUCCUAUUCUAACUAGGGAGCUUUCUGUUUCUACACAAAGGCUGAAGCAGCGGUUGCUUGAUGAAGGAAUUUCUGACUCUCUUGUUAGUGACUGUGAGCAGAUUAUGCUCUCUGAAUUUUCUGGUGUUCAAGGCCAAUUUCAUCUUCUCUGCCAAGACCGCUCCAAUUUGUUGGAUACUCUCAGACAAUUAGAGGCAGCAAAUAUUGAAGCUGAAACCUCCGGAAUUAAUGAUGCUGGAUAUAACUUGAUGAAGCACGAGUACACAAAUAUUGGCCGCAGAAAAUACAGUGAAUGGAGCACGACUGAAUCAUCAGACGAUGUGGAAAAGCAAGAGCUGGAGGAAGCAUCGGAUGAAGAGGAAAUACACUACUUUGACACAAAUGAAUACUUUUCCGAACCAACAAUCGCUUCUUCUGGAUCAGUAGCACCACAAAAUCACAUGGAUGAUAAUAAUACUAAUAAUAAUAAAAAUAAUAAUGAUGAUAAUUAUAAUAAUAAUAAUACAGAUGGAAAGGAAAAGAUGUUCGAGUGUAGAUACCCGUAUGUUGAAAGAAGAAAGAAGUUACCAGAUCCAGUCGAGAAGGAGAAAGGUGUGAGUUUAUGGUCAAUGAUAAAGGACAACAUCGGUAAGGAUCUGACACGAGUUUGCCUGCCCGUGUUUUUCAAUGAGCCGAUUUCGUCUUUGCAAAAAUGUUUCGAAGACUUGGAGUAUUCUCAUCUAUUGGAUCAGGCGUACGAGCAUGGGAAAGCGGGGAACAGUCUAAUGAGGAUUUUGAAUGUUGCUGCUUUUGCUGUGUCUGGAUACGCUUCAUCAGAAGGCCGCCUCUGUAAACCGUUCAAUCCUUUGCUCGGUGAAACUUACGAAGCUGAUUAUCCCGAGAAAGGAAUUCGAUUCUUCUCCGAAAAGGUCAGUCACCACCCUACACUGAUUGCUUGUCACUGUGAAGGAAAAGGGUGGAAAUUCUGGUGUGACACUAACCUUAAAUCAAAAUUUUGGGGGAGAUCAAUUCAAAUAGAUCCAGUCGGAACUCUUAAUUUAGAGUUCGACGACGGGGAGAUUUUCCAGUGGAGCAAGGUCACAACGAGCAUAUACAAUCUAAUCCUUGGUAAUAUAUAUUGCGACCACCACGGUACAAUGCACAUACAAGGUAACCGCCAAUACUCUUGCAAACUCAAGUUCAAGGAGCAGUCUAUUCUCGAUCGCAACCCUCAUCAGGUUAAUGGGUUUGUCGAAGAUGCGACGGGGAAAAAAGUAGCUCAAUUAUUUGGAAAGUGGGAUGAUAGCAUGUAUUUUGUUAAUGGAGAUGGAAGUAGCAAUGCGAAAGAUAGGUCCGAUUCAUCAUCUUUAUUGUGGAAAAGGAAUAAACCACCUCCCGACCUUACUCGCUAUAAUUUAACUUCAUUCGCCAUUACGUUGAACGAAUUAACACCAGGACUCGAGGAGAAGCUGCCACCUACAGAUUCAAGACUGAGACCAGACCAACGUCAUCUCGAGAAUGGGGAAUUUGACAAGGCAAAUGUCGAGAAGCUUCGACUCGAAACACGUCAGAGAAUGUCUCGGAAAAUGCAAGAACAUGGUUGGAGACCAAGAUGGUUCGAAAGAGAGGGUGAAGAAGGACCCUUCCAUUACAUUGGUGGUUAUUGGGAAGCUCGAGAAAACGGGAAGUGGGAUGGAUCUCCUAAUAUUUUUGGUGAGAUUAGUGAAGACCUCGUCAAUUCCGUUCAAGCUUCAUGACCUUAAAUAAGGUAUCCCGACUUUUUUUCUCUCUUACAUAUGUUUUUAGCCAAUGUUUAAUUGCCGAACAUAGAUAAAUAUUUAAUCAGAUGUUCAAUUACUUCACAAAACCAAAGGUAAUUGCUAUUUUUAGCAUUUGCAACCACAUUCCUUCUCA